UGUUUCACUUUCAUCCCUCUCUUUCCUCAAAGCAAAUAUCUCCCUCUCUCUCUCUCUCUCUCUCUCUCUCUCAAGUAAAACAGCAACUAUGGCUGCUCCUAGAAACCCUAAUGAAGAAAAUGAGCUCAGAAAAGGGCCUUGGACUCUUGAGGAAGACAAUCUGCUUAUACAUUACAUCGCGAACCACGGCGAAGGCCAUUGGAACUAUUUAGCAAAAUUUGCAGGAUUGAAGAGGACCGGAAAAAGCUGCAGAUUGAGAUGGCUAAAUUACUUAAAACCCGACAUUAAGCGCGGCAACCUUACUCCGCAAGAACAGCUCUUGAUCCUUGAACUCCACUCUAAGUGGGGUAACAGGUGGUCUAAAAUUGCGCAGCAUUUGCCGGGGAGAACAGACAAUGAGAUAAAGAACUAUUGGAGAACAAGAGUGCAAAAACAGGCGCGCCAACUGAACAUCGAGUCGAACAGCGUGCAAUUUCUCGACGCAGUUCGGGGUUUCUGGAUGCCGAUUCUGCUGCAAAAGAUGAAGCAAUCUUCUCGUUCUUCAACCUUGAGCCCUUCUCAGAACUCUGCAUCUCCUUCUCUGUCGCCAAAUCACACAGUUCCUUCCGUACCACUCCCAACUUCUCCACCUGGCAAUGUGACAAACAUGUUUGACAACUACCACAUGAGUGGAAAUUCCAAUCUUGCCACCGUCCCAAGUAAUAUUCUUUCGUCGGAAUCUCUUAUUUCACAGGUGCCGCAAAUGGCAGAACAGUCGACGAGUUUAUACCCUGCAUUUGACCACAUUGGAUACAGCAGCUUAAGUCCAGAUGGCAGUUACUAUGUGGACAACAGUAGCUAUGACAUGGAGGGUCUCAGCCUGGACCCUGUUUCGGCAAUGGGCAAUUAUGACAAUUCACAGUUUGAUUGCCAGAUGGUAGGAAAUGAUUGGGUGUUGGACACCAUCACUGACAAUUUAUGGAACAUGGACGGGAUGUGACAACCUAGAAAGUUAGAGGAUUUUCAGGGGAUGAUUCUGAUUUCUGAGUUGAUGUCGUUUAAGGUUAUGGAAUGUAUUCAAACUGCAUUUUCUACAAGUAAUGUAAUCAGAUGCUGUUUGAAGUUGAUUGUUUUUUUUAUUAUUUACAAUUAUUUAAAACUUAUAAAAGAAAGAUUCAAAUUUAAGUGAA